AUGCCGGCUUACAACCAGCGUGCCCAGACGGCACUCCUGAAAGCUAUUAAUCGAGUCUUCGACCUAGAUCGCGAUGCCGAUUCCCUCGAGGGGUUGGCGAAUGGAAUAACUCUUGGCCACAUUCUGCAUGAGCUAGAUCCUGAAUUCGACCCUUCGCACCUCGAGUCAAAUUCGGGUAUACCGAAACCUUUGAGCAACAAACGAAAUAUACAAGCCAUCUACAAAGGCCUCUUUCGGUUCAUCCGACGCCAAAUACCCGAACUCAGUUAUCAAGCCAAGAAAUUCGACUACCAUGCUAUUGCCGAGAACCCUGAGCCGCAGGGCAUCAGCCAGCUUCUCGCCGUCAUGGUUUCGGCUGCUGCGAUGGGCCCCGGCAAUCAAAAGUAUGUCCCUAGAAUUCAGAAUGGCCUGGAUCGUGAUACACAAGCCGAAAUCAUGCAGAUUAUUCGUGCUAUGCAACACGAUAUCGCGAAUUCUAAGGAAGACGAUGACCUGGAUGAAACCAUUGAUGCUGCCAUGGGUGCUCGCGACAUUGAACUUCUCGUUGAGGAGCAAAAUGCUGCACUGCGUCAACAGCUUGAUACCAUGAAGAAGACCCUGUCAGACUACAUCACUCGCCUGGAACAUCUCCAACAGAGCCACGAAGAGCUUACUUAUGACAAGGAAAAAAAUGACCGGGAACUUGAGGUUUUGCGGAAGGCAACCCAAGAUGGGGCACAUAGUGCGAAAACUAUUAAACAUCUAGAGGAACAAGUCCAUGAGCAAAUGGAGAUCAUUGCUAGGAACGAAGAGGUUAUCCGCAGUAGCCAGAAAUCUGUGUCCCAGCUGGAGAGCGAAGUACAGCGCCUCGGACAAAAAAACAUACAGGCUGAUGAGCUUCGUGAUCAGAUGGCAGAGUGGAGGCACAAGGCGGAAGAGUUCGAGAAGAAGGCCAACAUGGCAGAACGGUACAAGCAAAAGCUCGAAUCGCAACAGAGUCUAGUGAGAGAAGUGCAGAACUUGCAGUACGAACGAGCUGAGCUUCAGGAGCAGCUUCGUUCGCUCAUGGAGGAGAGAGAGCGGAGUGACCGUACCAAGAAGGCUGAAGACGAAUUGACAAAGAUGAUUACGCAGUCGGAGCAGCAUUUGUGGGACGAGCGUAACCAAAAAGCGCAACUUUUGAAGGAUGUAACGGCCCUUCAAGAGGAGCUCAUGCGCUUACAGGCUCAAAGAACGCACGACGAACACUUCAUUCAGGAUUUACAGGAGCAGCUUCAGCAUAAUGGUGGUGCCGGUACGGUUGAAGAGGCUGAACUGAGCGAAACUCCUACGCCGUUUAACCUAGAAGACGAACUUCUGAUCGCAUCCGAGGGGGGUCCACAGGCCAACCUACCCUUGGAGGUAUCCAGAUUGAGAGCAGAGAAUGAGUUGAUUAGAAAGACAGUUGGAUCUCCGGGAGACGUUUCCACUCUCCGACGCGAGUUGGAAGAAACAAGACGCCAACGGGAACGCCUUCAACAAAACUUUAACGGAUUAUUCGAAAAGUAUACUAUCAUGAGCGACAACUUGCAAGCUUUGAUGAGUGAGAGUACCGAUGAAGGGGCUGAAGCAUUUAUUAAACUUCGACAGGAGUUGACAAGAUUGGAACUCGAAUUUGAACAAGCUCGAAAACUAAUUAACAGCCUUGAAACACAGCUGGGUGAUAAGAGCCGAGAGUUGCUUAGCGCACAAACAGAUCUCUCUGCUGUCCAGAAGGAUAGUAUAGAAGCAUUGAAUGAGCUGAAGAAUACGGAUAAGUUGAUAUCAACUUCAUUGACAAGCGAGCUUGAGCGACAGAGGGAAGAAACUAGCUUUAUAACGAAUGAACGUGACGCUCUGAAAUCGCAGCUUGUCGACACUCUGCUAGCAAACGACAAACUGAGAAAGGAAUCAGAUGAGAACAAAGAUUUGAAUGAAGCUGUUUCACCAACAGAAGCCGACGGCUCGGAAGCCGCCAAGAAAGCCACCGAAAAGGUCGAAAAGCUACGAGCUCGCCUUAUCCAGAGAAAUCAGCAACUUGAGCAAUCCGAACAGGAAAGGCUCGAAUUACAGACCAAACUAAAAGCCGCACAAGUUGGUGAAGGAUCGGCGGCACAAAAGGCUGCAUCGGAUCAUAUCAUCAAGAACCUCCAAAGGGAGAAUGCACUUAUUGCGACGGCUUGGUAUGACCUCACAAGCCGGCUUCAGAGUAACCACGUCGUACUUCAGCGCCGACAUGACGCCCCCAAGAGCUGGCUUAACAAACAGAGGCAGUUGGUGAAUGGUCAGUUGCGCCAACGGGACAUGCUCUACCUCUACUGA